UACACACACAAGCUAAGCAUGAGUAUGUCAUGUACUUAAUCUAGCACAACUUUACUCCUUUUCCUAAUUUCUAGAACCAAUUACGUUGCGACCCUAGUCUUGGGUACAAGUAAAUGACAGCGUUGAUAAAGUGUGCGUACGUGCAUACGCAUAUCGCUGGUAUGAUUGUGUGCGUUUAUAAAUAGGUAAGUGAUGAACAUUGCAUGCCGUCUUCGCGUAGCUUCAACCUUGGAUAUGGACAGAUUGACACUAGUUUUUGUGGAGAAAUAAAAAAAAAUAAAGAAAUUAGUGAAUGACGUCAAACUCUAUAGUGAUUUUUGCGUAGUGGAUUAGUGAUUAUGGCGAAAUUACUAACAGUGUUGGUAAUUAUAGUGAAAGUUUUACUUUCAAAUGGGCAAGAAGACCAUUACGUUGACGAUUCCACAGGGUACCAGCACCCCAAUGAAGAAAAUCCCAACUAUUCAUUUGGGUAUGGAGUAUCUGACACUCACACCGGUGACAUUAAAACUGUUUGGGAAGCCAAAAAAGGUGACACGGUUAAAGGUCAUUACAGUGUAAUAGAACCAGAUGGUUCUAUGAGGUCUGUAGAAUACUCAGCUGGACCAAAUACUGGAUUUACCGCAACAGUCAAUAGAGAUGGUUUAGACGCACAACCGAUGUAUGGAGAAGACGCAAUGGAAGAAAAAGCACUUAGAGACUACGAUAGAAACUAUGAUUUUUCAGAAGACGGUGACAUAGAUAGUUCUUAUAAAGCAAUCGAUAGAAAACGACAGAAUCAUCCGUACGAAUCACUAUUCAAAGAUUAUCCACUAUCAAAACGACCAAAAUAUCCAAUGGAUAUGGAACCCAGUGAAUAUACACAUAGCUUUAGUAUAAAACACCCACGAGACGACCUUAACGCUGAGGCCAGUGGUCAUAGUCAUGUUGGAGUCAGCUUUGAUCCAAAUUGUAAUACUAAAAAUAAGAAGCAUAAACAUAAAUACUUUAGCCACGGAUCUGACUUAGACUUUCGUAAGCAAAAAUACCCACAUUCAACACCUGAUUCGUAUACCAAUGAUUAUGAUAAAUAUGUAGGGGAUGCAUCAAAUAUAGAAAUAGAAAAAUUAAUUCAUAUGUAUAAGCAAAACGAUCGAUACAAGCCGUAUAAGCUAGAUGAUCAUAACAGUUGGUCAUCAACUAAAAACAGUUAUUCAGAAAUGUCAGAUAUUCCUCAUUCGGAAGAUUCUUAUUCUGAUUAUUUACCCCCAAGACCAAAGAAAAAACAUAAGCCCUACAAAAAUCAGGAACUUUUUGACUCUGAAGAUUUAGAUGACUAUGUUUUAGUCCCUAAAAAGAAACUUAAAAAGCCACCACGUGUUCUAGACCAGUAUCAUCCAGAUAUUGAAGAAGAGUUUGAUGAAACUUACGAAGAUGAACGUUUCCAUAAGCCUCCCCGAGGUACACAUACAGAAGUAAUACGAAAAGUUGUAAAGAAAAAGAAGCCUAUCUUAAACAUUUUAGACAUAUUUGAUAUUUAAGAUGUAAAUACAAACUAGGAUAAGUAUUGUAAAGACUGGCAUUAUUUAAAUAUCGACGUCUCAACGUGUAAUGUAAAAAAGCACAGAGAUGUAAUUUUAGUUCAAGAGUUGACUGAUUUAGGAAAUUUUAAAAACCAAAAUUGUUUCUAAGUUCGUAUUGAAGACUGUGAUUUACUUAAGCUAAUUCUCCUUUUCUAUUUUUAUUUCUUGUUUAUGUUUGUAUUAUUUAUUAAAGUUACUUUUUUUACUAAACGAUAAAUUUGUUUCUCAAAA